UCUAACGAUACACAUCGCUAAACCUUGCUCACAAGUAUCCUUCUAUUUUUUCAAAUACGACUAAAAUCAUGCUCAUAAUUUCUCGCAUUGGUGCCAGGCAUAUCCGCAAGAAGACGCUCCACGUAGAACCACUGCCGUUCAUUCACUAAAUUUGACUCAUUUGGCAGCUCCCCCAUUCCUGCUUCCAAACAGCCUUUCGUUCCAACAUCGGCACCUAUCCAAAAGGCUUCUUAGUAGGUAGUUCGAAUGUUAGGAUAAAGCCAGAUCGUCUAUCUCAACCAGACUUGAUUUUAGUCGCCGGCGAGAAGAAAUGGGAGACAUGUGGAGCUGCUGUACUUACGAAUAAAGAGUUUCCAGCCGCUAGUGUGGUUGUAACUAAGGAUUUGUUGAAGAAAAGCAAGGGCAAAGGGUUGAGAGGUGUCGUUGCAAAUUCCUGAUGUGCGAAUUUACUUACGGGGGAGGAGGGACUGGAGGAUUCGAGAAGUAUGAGUAGGGAGGCGGGACGGAUUGUGUGUGGUAGGGGAAGUGGACAGGAAGAAGAAUCUGUGAUGGUUAUGCAUACAGGUAAGUGACUAUCUCGGAGUAAUUUUCAUUGCCGUGGUUCUCCUCGUUGUACAUGUCACAGUACAUUUGAUAAUUUCGGUUCCUUCUACUGCACGAAAACAAUGAACUGACAAUGGACUCCUCCGCCAUUAGGUAUGGGUGGCCAACGGUAAAUUCCCUCACAUCACCAUUCAUUAUUUACUGACAUCCGAUAGACUCCCUAUUGAUAACAUCAUCCAAUGCUUCCCCAAACUCCAGCAAAACAUGGGGACCACCCAUGAUCACUGGAUACAAGCAGCACGGGGUAUAUGCACAACCGACACAUUCUUCAAACUUGCAUCCCGGACCUUCACCCUUCCAUCCUCACCGGAAACAACUUCCUCCAUCGCAGGCAUCACCAAAGGUGCCGGUAUGAUCCAUCUAAACAUGGCUACCACACUUGGUAUAAUUUGUACCGAUGCUCCUAUUACACCUCGUGCCCUUCAACAGCUCUUGAGUACGGCCGCCGACAAAAGUUAUAAUUGCAUUUCUAUCGAGGGCGACACGAGCACGAAUGACAUGGUCGCUAUGCUCGCAAAUGGUGCUGCUGCACCUAACAAUGCCCAUUUCCCAAUUGACUUCGAUUCCUCAGCAGAAUCACAGUCUGAGGAUCUCAUCUCUUUUCAAAGAAUGCUCAUUGAGUUCAUGGCCGAUCUGGCAAAGUUGGUAGUAAGAGACGGCGAAGGCGCGACGAAGUUUAUUACUAUACGAGUACGAGGCGCGCCUACUUACCCAGCAGGUAAACAUAUCGCAUCCGCAAUUGCGCGCUCUGUCCUCUUCAAGAUCGGGGUCUAUGGUAAGGAUCCAAAUCCUUUAGGUGUUCUGGCCGCAUUGGGUUAUUCAUUGACGGGUACGAAUUUUGCUGGAAAGGGAAUUACUAACCCUGAAUCUACGUCAGUGAGCUUCAUGCCCGUAGAUGGCACGGAAGAAUUGAACUUUGUGAAGAAAGGUGGGCUGGUGAAAGUUGAUGAGGUGAGGGCUAAAAAGCUGAUGGAGGAAGAGGAUGUGGAGGUGAUAGUGGAUUUGCGGGAUGAUGGGAGGAAAUGGCGUGAAGACGAUGAGGAGGCGGUUUAUUGGACAUGUGAUAUUACACAUGAGUUUGUUAUGAUAAAUGGGGAUUUCAGGAACUAAGAAGCAAAAUCGCGUACGUCAUACCCUCUGUGCUCUAUUGUCUUCCAUUGAUGAGUCUCGAGAAAUUCACAAGACACGCAUUCGAAUACCACUUGAUCAUACGUAGGCUCUUGAAGAGCACGUAUAUUUACCUUGAAGCGAACGACCUACUGACGGCAAGCAAAGAGAUCCUGCUUGAAUUAAUAAAUACUAUUAGCUCCUUGAAAAUCGAAAUUUCACCCUUCGCUUGCUCCGCUA